CGAUAGUAUAUCUUAUACAGAGAAAAGUAAUCUAUCAGUCUUGUUAAAAGCUCCGGCCGUUAAAAAGCAGCAUGUGUCACUUCGACUUCCAAACGUCACGCGUUUAGGAAAUAACGCGCAUCCAAAAGCGACGCCGGUGCGCAAAAGUCGCGCUUUUCUUUUCUUUUUUUCCUCUCCUCCUCAAAAGAACUUCGCGGCGCUUUCCAGGCCUGGUCACUCACCGAGAGGGAGGUACGGAAGUGUCUCGCUGGCAGGACCGGUUGACGGUCCCGGCUAAAUCCCAUUUAAAUUGUUUUGGAGACAUCCGAUCUCUUUGGCGCGGGCGAUUCCAGCAACACUCCAGACGUGCGCACUGACCGCGCCGGCGCCUGCUGUUUUUGGAGUUUUCCCUAAAUAAAUAAACAAACAAAACCGUGAGAUGACCCUGUCUGGAGGCAGCGACCGAGCCAGCGACAUGUCGGGCCAAACCGUGCUAACAGCGGAAGACGUGGACAUCGACGUGGUGGGCGAGGGGGACGACGAGGGCUUGGAGAGGGUGGACAGCGACUGCGACAGCCCGGGGGUGGCCAUCCUCCACGACCUCCGAGGAGACACCGAUGACUUGGAGGAUGAAAUCGAAGUUGAGAAGGAGGAGGACAUGGGGUCCGGCGGAGGGAGCCCGUGCUGCGAGAGCUCGGGAGAGGGGGAGCCGGGCACCGGCGGGAAGGGAGAGGGUCACGACCAGAGCACGACGCCGGGAGGCGCGAUCCAGAAGCCCAAGAGCAGCCUGGUGAAGCCGCCCUACUCCUACAUCGCCCUCAUCACCAUGGCGAUCCUCCAGAGCCCGCAGAAGAAGCUCACCCUGAGCGGCAUCUGCGAGUUCAUCAGCAACCGGUUCCCCUAUUACCGGGAGAAGUUCCCGGCGUGGCAGAACUCCAUCCGCCACAACCUGUCACUCAACGACUGCUUCAUAAAAAUCCCCCGGGAGCCCGGCAACCCCGGAAAGGGCAACUACUGGACCAUGGACCCGGCUUCAGAAGACAUGUUCGACAACGGCAGCUUCCUCAGAAGGAGGAAGAGGUUCAAAAGAGUUCAGCCGGACGUGCUCAGGGACCAGACGGCGCUCAUGAUGCAAAGUUUCGGCGCGUACAGCCUGGGGAGUCCGUACGGGCGGCACUACGGCAUCCACCCGGCGGCCUACUCCCACCCGGCGGCUCUGCAGUACCCCUACAUCUCCCCGGUGGGUCCCAUGCUGCCCCCGGGCGUGCCCCUCCUGCCCUCCGCGGAGCUGAACCGAAAAGCCUUCAACUCCCAGCUCAGCCCCAGCCUGCAGCUGCAGCUCAACAGCCUGAGCACGGCGUCCAUGAUCAAGUCGGAGCCCUCCAACAGACCCUCGUUCAGCAUAGAGAACAUCAUCGGGGUGUCCAGCGCCUCCUCGUCCUCGCCGGGCGCCGCGCAGGCUUUCCUGCGGCCUCCGGUGACCGUGCAGUCGGCCCUGCUGAGCGCGCAGUCGCUCUCCCUGACGCGCACCUCCGCCGCCAUCGCGCCCAUCCUCAGCGUUCCGUCAAAUAUCCUUUCCUCACACGUUUUACCUUCAGCGACGGCGGCCGCGGUGUCCAAAUGGCCUUCACAGUGACUCCUAACCAAAAAACAAAUGAACUCCUAUUUUUCUAUAUUUCUGGGAAGAGGAGCACAAAUCAGUUGGACUGUAAAAAUACAGAAAAAAAGGAAAAAUAUUUCUGUACAGGUAACAUUUGUACAUAUUUGUAAAAAGAGAAUGAUUUUACCUUGUUGACUUUUACCUGUCUUUUCUUCCUGUUUGAGAUCUGUGUUUUUUAUUUUCCUUUAUUUUCCUUUUUUUAUUCAAUCGAGGCUCGACUGCAUACAAUUUGACUUCCUUUUAGAAGACAUUAAGAACCUGAAAAUAGACUGUUUAUAAUUGAAAACCAUAUAUGUAAUUCUAUGUCGCAAUAUUGUGUUGUAAAUCGAAUUUAUUUGUAAAUAAAUUCAAGGAAAAACGCG